GUGUGUGGGCAGAAUUUGUCUCUUUGUGGGGAAUAAAACUCAUUUAUUGCGGUGAAUUUUGUUGUCAGUUUUGUUUUGUUUAUGUUUUCGAUAUAACGGAAUCUUGAGUAAACGUAAAAAACGCAACAUUUACACAUUGAUAUCAACUGAGAGCACAUUCCAUCUAUCUAAGAUAUAUUACGCAGUAAACAAGUUAUCCAGUUAUCCUUACAAAUCCCAAAAAAAAAAGAAAACUAAACUAAACUAUCGAUCACUAUGAGAUCAAUAGCACCUGGAGUACUCAACAAUAUUCAGUGAACUUUAACAUUAAUAAAACAAAAACCUUUUGCGUCAUCACACACUAACAUACACACCCACACACACACACACUUUUAAGCAAAGGGCGGGGGCGUAGACAUCGGUACCUAAGGGUACCAAGGCAUUAUUAUUAUUAUUAUUAGCUGUUACCACGGCAACUCCUCAGGAGACAGAAAAAGAAGGAAAAAUUAACAUAGACUUGGACCUGAAUCCAGGGCUCAGUUUCCAAAAUGGAACACAUUUUAAAUGAGGUCAAAGGAAAUGUGCAAAAAAAGUUUAAUGAAAUACGAGCAGCUCUCCAUAUGCGUGAGAAAUUGCUGCUCCGACAAUUGGAAGUCAUUGCGAAUACCCAGAAACAGCAGCAAAUGCUCAAGCCAGGACGACGCGGAGGAGGAGGAGGAGGAGAUGGCGCUUCGGAUGCCGAUGGUGAUAUUCAGUUCAUUACUGGCGAUGGUGAUGAGGAGGAUAAACUGCUAGCAGCUAUACGCACCUUUGGACACUUUCAAUUGGACAACAAUAAUAUGCAAUUUGCUUUGCAGGAUUAUCGCAAUACAGGGCUACGGAAUGAAGAUUAUAUAGAGCCAAUCGAUGAUCACGAGACCAUGUAUAAAUGCUUACAGGAGCGUAAUAUAGCCUAUGCCUAUGAUUUAGAUGUAGACGAUGUGCAUGAUGUUGAUGGUGAUGAAGAAGCGGCGCCCCCUAACGCCGAGGCCAUUGUGGUCGAUUUCACCAACAAAUCGCUGAUCGAGGAGAAUAAUAUCAAUGCAAAACGUUCAAUCAUCAAUAUAACACUGCAGGAGGCCAAAGAAUUGGUACGCAAGGCGAAAAUCAAACGAGACUCGGCGGUGGUUGUGCCGCCCCUUAAUCUCGAAGAGCUUGAUGAUGAGCUGGAAUCAUCUAUAGCCGAAGCUGUAUCCAGUUUAGGUCGCGAUGGUCGUGACUCAUCCCGAUCGAAGAGUAGUACAUUACUGGAGCAUGGUAAACCUCCUCCCGCAUCGACACAGAAACAGUCGCAGCAGCAGCAGCAGCGCAAGCCACGUUUCAAACCAAAGAUAACAAUCAAUAAUUGCAAUGGCACCAUUAAUUUGCGAAAUAUAGCCAGUCUAACCAUUAAUUGUGCCCAAGAGGAGGCGGUUAGUACCAAAAUUCCCUUGGCCAAGCCGCCGCAGUCGAUCUCUGCUGAUUCAUCGAGUAGCAGCACCACCACCACCACCAAUACAAAUACAAAUACCACCGACCAAUCUAUCUCCACAGCAUCCAGUUCAAGCUAUUCCAGUAAUGCUAGUUCACGUUCCCAGUCAAAGAAACAAAAGAGCAACAACACCAGAAAAUCUACCCAAGCGAUUCCCGCCUCCAAUCAACAUGAGGUUGAAGCAGCCGCUGAAGAAGCUGCCUCAACCAAUUCCAAUUCGUAUCAAUUUGAGGAAGUGGUUGUCGAGCAGGACACACAUGAUGUCACCUGCGAUUUCUAUAAUCGUCUACUCGAUGAAAUUAAAAAGAGUAUGAAGGAAAAGCCACGACGUAUCUAUGCCACAACGGCUCCAGCCGACUCUACUUGUAAUGCCAAUACCCAACCCACCAAAAAAACACCACCAGCACCGCCACCACCAAUACCCAGGACCACCGGCACCACCACCACCACCAACAAAGAUAGAGAUAAUGAGGAUGACGCCAGCGAGUUGCCAUCAUCGAUGUCUUCCCAUUUGCAGCCGGGCAAACGAUUGAUUUUAAAGAAUUUUGAGAAUCUUAAAAUCAUUCUAGAAGCCAACAGUGGAGAUGAAGAUUCAUUUCAUCCAGUCCAAAUCGAACAAUGGCUGGCCGAGAUCAUAUCGGAAACGGAUUUGGAACCCAUGCAAAAUACAGAUAUAUUAGAACACAGUCAGAUACACAGUAGUGAAAGCAACUAAAAAAAAAUCCCAGAAGACAAAACAAAAAACAUCACACACACAC